UGCUCCCAGUCCACACGUCUUUCUUCUUUCAAAUUUCACAAACCACAACCCUUCUCAUUCCAUAUAAAUACCCUUCUCUCUUCACAACUCCACAGCAUAACCGCAACUCUAUCCUCUCAUUGAAAACAAAAAAAAACAUUAUUCUAAUUUUCUCCGAAGAUGGUUGAUUUACAUUGGAAAUCAAAGAUGCUAAGUUCUGACAUGUCUUCCAAAACUCCCAAAAUCUCUCUCUCCGACAAACCCUCACCACGCAGCAGCUCCCUACCCUCUUUGCAACUACCCUUCCACACCGCCGAUAUCUCCGCCGCCGUGCCUCCGCUUUGCGCCGCAUACGACCAAUAUCUCCACCUCCCGGAGCUCAGAAAACUUUGGAACUCAAGGGAUUUCCCCAACUGGAGCAACGAACCAAUCAUAAAACCAGCCUUGCAAGCUCUCGAGAUCACGUUCCGCUUCCUCUCAACUGUUUUCUCCGACAUCAGACCCUACGCGAACCGCAGAGAAUGGAACCGUAGGGUAGAGUCCCUCGCCACGUCUCAAAUCGAGAUAAUCGCUCUGCUCUGCGAGGACGAGGAACAAAACCCCGAGACACGUGGCACAGCCCCAACCGCUGAUCUCAGCAUCAGCGACUGCCAGAGCAGAAGCUAUAGCGAAACAAGCAUGCUACCACGGCUUGCCACGUGGUACAAAUCCAAGGACGUAGCGCAGAGGAUCCUUCUCUCCGUGGAAUGCCAAAUGAGGAGAUGCUUCUACACGUUAGGUUUGGGAGAACCGAACCUCGCUGGGAAACCGAGCCUCCGAUACGACGCCGUGUGCAAGCCGAACGAUGUUCACGCGCUGAAGACGACGCCGUUCGACGAUCGCGUCGAGAACUACGAGAACCACGCGUUGCACGCGACGCACCAGAUCGGGGAGUCGUGGAUCCACGCGUCGCGGAAGCUUCUGGAAAGAAUCAUGGAAGCGAUCGAAGGGAGAAGGUUCGAGAAGGCUGCUGAGGAUUGUUACGCUGUGGAGCGGAUCUGGAAGCUUCUUGCGGAGGUGGAGGACGUUCACCUGAUGAUGGACCCUGGCGAUUUUUUGAAACUGAAGAACCAGUUGUCGGUGAGGUCGUCGUGCGGCGAAACGUCGGCGUUUUGUUUCCGGUCGAAGGAGCUGGUGGAGGUGACUAAGCUGUGCAGGGAUCUGAGGCAAAGAGUGCCGGAGAUAUUGGAGGUGGAGGUGGAUCCCAAGGGUGGGCCAAGGAUUCAAGAGGCGGCGAUGAAGCUGUACGUGGUGGAGAAGACGAGUGAGUUCGAGAAGGUUCACCUGCUUCAGGCUAUGCAAGCGAUUGAGGCGGCGAUGAAGAGGUUCUUCUACGCGUAUAAGCAGGUUUUGACGGUGGUAAUGGGAAGCUCCGAGGCUAAUGGGAACCGAGUUGGGUUGAGUUGCGACGGUGGUGACUCGUUGACUCAGAUAUUCAUGGAACCUACUUAUUUUCCAAGUUUGGAUGCGGCAAAGACUUUCCUUGGGUACUUUUGGGAUAACGAUCAUAAAUGGGUUUAAAAAAAAAAUGGUGACACUUACACUUUGGGCAUUUUACUGCGUAAUUCAUUUUAGAUUGAUAGUGAUAUAUGUUAAAAACAGAGACGAAAAAGAAAAAAAAGAAAAAAAAGAU